UAAACUCCUAGAGUCGGGUAAAGCAAGUGAGAAGAUUUACCCCAUUGAUGAUCAUGUCGUAUGUGCGGUCGCUGGUAUUACGAGUGAUGCCAAUGUGCUUAUCAAUCAACUGCGACUAUCAGCUCAAAGGUAUCGAUAUUCGUAUCAAGAACCAAUACCAGUGGAAAAGUUGGUGACUAGUGUAUGCGAUGUGAAACAACAGUACACGCAAUUUGGCGGUCUGCGUCCAUUCGGCGUGUCCUUCCUCUUCGCUGGCUAUGACGACCAUUACGGUUUCCAAUUAUACCACACUGAUCCCUCGGGAAAUUUGAGUGGGUGGAAGGCCACGGCUAUCGGUGUGAAUAACCAGACGGCACAGGGCAUCCUCAAAACUGACUGGCAUGAGGAUAUGUCCACUAAGGAGUGUUUGGACUUGGUUGCAAAGGUGUUGGUGAAGUCCAUGGACACCGCCACGCCGACCGCCGAGACUCUCGAGUUCGGCGUUUUGACCUUGAAUAAGGAUAAGGAGGUUGCCUUCCGAAUGUUGUCUGAUGAUGAAAUCAAUACUCUUAUGGCGGCGGCUAAGCCUGAAAAGCCGGCUGGUAAGUUCUGUGGUCACUCGCGAAGUUCCGUAUUGAUUUCCUUGUAG